CUGUCUAUGGUCCCACCGCCAGAUGCACACAGUCCGCCUGGCAGCUGUGAAAAGUUCACCCGACUACACAUUGUUGGGUUUAGUUCUACCUCCGGUAGGGGUAUCUCAAAAAUGUGGGGCCAUCGACUAGCCUAAUACAUCACAUCUCUGCUUGGCUGUCAUUUCGGAAGGAGGCGCCGAGCGAGGCGGUGUCUUGAGUUAGACUUGAGAAACACUUUACCUUCUUCGACGGCUGAGGAAUUCUGACCACUAAAUUGUGGCUUUGUAACCAUGUUUAAAAGUGUGAUAGUCUGCGUACUGGUGGUCUUCGGUCUGCCAUUGGGACAAUCACUCAGCUGUCUAUCUGGGAAUUACAGUCACGACGGGAAGACAUGCUGCCUAUGUCCCAAGGGUUAUUUUGUUUACAGCCACUGCGACACAGCCAACCCCCAGCCUAAAUGUGACCAUUGCCAAACAGGAUCAUCAUAUACUGCAGAGGCAAAUUCCCAGGAAAAGUGUGAGCAGUGCACUGUAUGCAACUCUAAAGCCAAUCUAGAGGAGGAAAGACAUUGUACAACCACAUCUGACGUUAUAUGUACAUGCAAGAAGGGUUACUUCUGCGAAGGGGAGCAUUGUAAAGCAUGUCAUCAGUGUCAAGAAUGUGAGUUGGGAGAGGAGGAACCAUGCACACCCAGGAGCAACACUGUCUGCAAGAAACAUUCUGGUGCUAAGGACACAGCUGGUAUUGCUAUUGGUGCUGCUGUUGCUGUUGUUGUUGUUGUUGCUCUGAUUUGUGGUGCCCUUUGGUGGAAAAAGAAGUUUUGUUUUGCCCAGAGGCUGGCAGCUGCAGAUCAUCCAGAGCAGAAAAUACCGCUAAAAGGCAUCGACUUGAAGCAAUUCAUAGGCGAUAUUGUUGACCUUCUGUCUUGGAGUGACAUGGUGAAGGUUGCCGACAGGACUGGGAUGGAUAAUGUCCAGGUGGUUCGACACAAGCACGACAAUCCUACUGCAGAGGAGCAGACCAGAAGCCUUCUUAUUGCCUGGAUAGAACUGCAAGGUCUGGACCAAGCCAGUGAGACCCUCUGUCAAACACUCCGCAAGUGUAACUUGAACCAGAAGGCUGAUAAGAUUGAACGUCUCAUCUCGCCAAAAGUUGAUGUCUGAUAGGGCCUGAUAGGUGGCGUCAGAUAUGUACCUAUAUAUAUCUUAGGGAUUUGCUGAUGUUUUGUACCAUAAGAGGUAAUGAAAGGUGUUUUUUCUACAUUACGUAUUGUAUGCUGUUACCUGGAAAAUGUACAGUAUAUAUUUGUGUCUCAUUUCCCAUUCUCCCUCAUAAACUGUUUGUAAUUUAAGAACUGAAAAUGACCCACAAUUAAUGUACCUGGUUCAUCAGUGACCUGGUUCAUCAGUGACACUUACUGUUUUUGAGUUUGUGAAGAUAAGAAUACAGUCCCUGGAGCGUCUUGUGGGUUAAAAAGUAAUUCAUAUUUUUGGCUAUCUAAUGACCAAUCUAUUGACCAAUAAUGAACAACCUAUACAAUUGAAAAGCCUACAAACACCAAUGCAGCACUAGGAGUUUCUCUAUAUCCCACACAAAACGUGUCAUAGGUCUGAUUGAUUUCAAAUAUGCAAACAAGGUAGAGGCUCUGUCAUUCUGCUUGAUCACCUGGAUUUGGAUGCUAGAAUUGUUCGUCUUGCUUUCUAUAACAUUGCGAGAUAAGGCCAAGGGUCUGCUGUUGUCAUGAGUAUUAUCACUUCGAGCUGUUAAGUGUUGUCAAGUUGGUGUUGAUGCAUCCCUGCCUAUCAUUGGCCCACUCCCCUUAUUCAGAGUUUAAUAAGAUUAGAAGAAGAAGAUGCUCUAUAACUGGGUUAUUUGCCAUUACAUCAUACUCAAGACAUGUAAUAAGCACAAUCUGAUAGUAUUGCCUUUGUUAGUCUCAUCACUGGAUGGCUUAUUGUGAUAAAAUGGAAAAGACGGCAAAUCCCCAACAUUUAUACACUGGAUCAAACAUGCCGUUUAUUUUUUCAACCAUGAAAAUAUUAGAUACUCUGAAAGGACCGUCAAAGAACUCAUUACAUGCAUUCCAGUAGAGUAAGCAGAUGCACAGAUGCAUGCAUUCUUUUAUGGAUGGAAGAAUAUUCCAGUGUCAUGUGGUCAGUGGUAUGUAAUGUUUUUUAUGUAUAUUUCUGUGUUUUUUAAUGUGUGUUUAUUAGUCUAUGUUGAACUAAAUAUAUCUAUUUUUAAAGAGAUAA